UAAUCUGCCUUGUAGCCGUUUAGUCCAAGACUUCCAUAUGAAACGAAAGCGACGAACACCUGUCACAUGACACACCGACAAAGCACUCCCUAUCCGAAAGCAACACCGUCUUUGGAACGGAGACUAGCAAGCAAAACACCCAUGAAGCGGUCUCGUGGUCCGUUGUGAAGAAUGAACAAAGAAAACUCGUUAACAAAAAAAUUACUAAUUCCCCGCUUACGCCUCUUUCCCUCUCUCUGCAAAAAAGUUUUGUCGCCUUUAUGCCGUGAAACUUGGUGGUAUGUUGAAACAUUUCGAUCGUAAUGAUUGAUUUCGAUGCAGGAUUCUCUUUGGUUUUGUUGCUGGACACUCCCGCUUCUGCUGUCGAAGGAAGCAGGGGGAGUGCUUGUCGCGGUGGACAUGUUUACCCAUCGCUACAUCAUGUCGCUAUGCAGUUAGCCUUGUGGACAAGGAAUUUUCGAAUCUUUUCCGAACGCAAAGAUGACGUAAAGAGAAUGCCCAGAGCGUUGAGCGGCCCUUUGCUGAUUUUGGGUCUGGUUGUUUGUCGACUGGUUUUUUACAUUGAUCUAGGGAGAAACCGUCGCGGUCAGUCUCUCCUAAACCGCUUUCGCUCGGGUCUGAUGGCGCGAGGGAGAUGGCGUAUCGGAAAACGGUCGACGGACUGCGCGCGAACUUUCGUGCUACUGUCUCGCCGGACGAGAUGCCACCACCGGCCUCGGCCCAGAAGAAUUGUGGAGGUGAAGGUGUGCGGGAUAGGAAAACGGUCACAGAGUGUGACCGUUUCCUAUCCUCUCCCACAGUUUGCCAGCUCAUGAGAAAACAAGGGAAAAACGAGCUGGACGUGACUUUUUCUGGUCUGACUCGCUGUCGCGAACACUGCCCCCCAGCGAGGCCCGAUAAUCGGUCCCCGCCCGGAAUACGGUGAUCGCAUUACAUGACAGAGUUCAACAGAAGGUAGAAGCGCAGGUGGGCAGCAAAUGCAGAAAAU